UCACAUUGACACACUCUUCGAGGUUAUAUUUUUAGAUAUUGAGUUAAUUUUAACUCUUUUUGAACUGGUUAAACACUUUUUAACAUCUAUAACUGAAUAUCGCAUGAUUUUUAAUUGAAAUUUGUGCCAUGUUAGUGUAGUUUUUAUUCGAGGAAGUGCCGGCUUGACGACCGCAGAAUGUGGACCGUAUGCGUGCCAGGAUGGGGUGCCGCCGUGGCUGCGGGGGCCCUAUUACUCUACGGAACCGUGGACGUUGCCUACUUCGCUCGGAUGAUGUACACCGUGGCUAAGGCCAGGUACUUCAGGAAGAAGGCCUGCAUUCUGGACACUACUGAGGUUCACUCGUGGUGUCUCCUUAACGACAUCGACACGUUACUCUACCACAUGAACAACGCGCGUUACUUGCGAGAGUUGGACUUCGCACGUGCGGACUUCUAUGAGAGAACUGGUCUCUAUGCCAACAUCAAGGCGGCAGGGGGCGCUGUGGUGCAAGCAGCGGCUACCAUCAGAUACCGGCGGUACUUGAAACCGUUCACCAGGUUCACCAUUACUUCCAGGGCAAUAUACUGGGACGACAAGACAGUCUUCAUGGAGCACGAGUUCAUAGGCCCCGGCGGGUUCGUGCACGCGGUGGCGGUGUGCCGGCAGCGCGUCAUCGACACGUCGGCGGCGGCCAUUGCUGAGUUGCUUCUUCAACUACACUGCGCUGGUGCAUGCAGGCCGGCUCCUGGGAAGAUGCCUCCUGAGCUGGAACUCUGGGUGCAAAGCAACGAGCUCAGUUCGGCCAAACUUCGCGCGACCAACGCCCCCCUCCCCACUCUCCAAUCCCACCCCCUCAGCUGCGGCGAGGUCAUCCCCACCUCGGUGACCGAGUGAGAGUACCCUCACUGCCCCAGCGAUCUCCGCUCUCGCACUCGCGCGUCCAACGCACGCGAGAGCGAGUGAGAUAGCACGAGGGUGUCCGCGCUAGGGCAGUGAGUUUUUUGUUAGUCGAAAUGUAGACGGCGACGCGAACGGUCGUGCUCUGACUGUAUCGACAUCAAAGCUACAUAAAUAACCAAGUGGCUUAUGUGUGACUUUAUAGGUGUUCUAAGCUCAAAGUACAAGGUCGUUUACAAAAUUACAAUAGUUAUCAAAGUGGGUACAAAGUCUUACAUCCUGGUUUUAUGAUGCCUUGAUUAGAUAGCUAGGUGGUGUGAUCAUUCGGUUAAAUUAUUACUAGUACUAGUAAUGAUAAUUUUGAUGUCGAUACAGAAAUAACGUUUAUCUUGUAUGUUAUAUCAUUAAGUAUCGAUUUUCAUCUCUCUAGUUCUAAUCAAUUAUUAUCAUGUUAUUUUUAUAUCUCGUAAUGACAUGAGUACUAUCCCAAUGUGCCUAUACCAUGAUUCUAGUGAAACCUAUUUAUUUAUACAUCGUUGUUUAAUGUUGUUGGUGUGUUUUUGCUUAAUACUUUAUUGUGCUUUUUAUUUUUUUAUUUUACUUAUUUACAAUUGCAUCUUAUUUCCAUUAAUUUUUGGUUAUUUUUAUCUGAAAAAGUACCUACGUAUGACAUUAAUGAUUUUUCUCUAAAAAUAAUGAUAAGAAUUUUCUGUAAAAGAUGCAGAUUGUGAAUCUGCUGUCUUUCCCGAAAACUAUAAUCCGGGCCUCUUCAAGGC